AUGAAUGAUCCACCCGAUACCGGGGGAACAUACAAAGUUCCCGAACCUGGCAGUUAUAUCACUGUAGAAUACGACGAUUCUAGCAUGGACACUGACAAUCAUCGAAAAAACAAAUUAGAGAAUGCAGAUGCCAAUUAUUUAGAUCCGAUGCCAUACCUUGGCUAUAACUUUGACGAUAAACAGAUGAUUAGAAAGCGUUGCAUUAAUUUCACCGUCGAACUGACUAAAGAAUUGCAGCAACAGCUUCCUGACAAUAUACAGAUACUUCAAAAUAUGAACAUUAUGAGCGUUGAUCAUGUAUUAAAACCAGACAAGGGCAUGGAAAUAAUUAAAUUAGCUGAACAUUUUGGAUUGAAUGGGGAUACAAAUGACAAAAUUCUUUCGCAAUGGAAAAACAUACAAACUAACAAAUGGCAAAACACUAAUGACACCAUAAAAUUUUGGCACGAAGUAUCGCAAUCUGAAAUUCUGGAUCAUAGAUAUCAGGUAUUUAGGAGGGAUAGACAGUCUAAUACGUUUGAUAAGGGUAAGGAUGGUGGAGGUGUUCUUAUCGCUGUAUCGAAAUCUCUUAGUGCAUUCCGCAAUACUAAUUUAGAAAGCUCAUGUGAGGACCUGUGGGUCACUAUCGACUAUGUCAGCAAGAAUAUGUGCAUGAAAAUUAACUUAUGCGCGAUUUAUUUACCACCCACUGUUACAAUUGAGGUUAUUUCACACUUUACUAAUAAGUUACAAAAAAACAUUAACAACUUGGAAAAUGUCUUAUUGGUUGGGGAUUUCAAUCUUAGUCGAAUUGAAUGGAUCCAACAUAUGUCUAUCUCGCACGUUGUACCGAGGAUUUCUGGUGGUGUUGUCUGUUCAACUCUGAUCGAUUUCGCUGCAUAUGCAUCUUUCAAGCAAUAUAAUAAUAUAAAAAAUAAACAACAGAAAAUAUUAGAUCUUGUCUUCUCAAACACCUCAUGCCCUCUGACUGUGACUAACCCAACCGAUAUAUUGAGCAGUGUUGAUUCAUAUCACCCUCCAAUAGAAAUUAAUUUAACAUCUGAAAAGCAAAAACCACUUAAACCUAAAACAAAUACCGUGUUGCAAUUUCAUAAGGCUGACUAUAACAGUAUUAGGGAAAAAUUGCUAAGUGUGGAUUGGAACGAAAAACUAGAUCUUUCGCUCACAGUUGAUGAGAUUACACAAAUUUUUUACAGUGUCAUAAAUAAUAUAAUACAAGAAGAAAUACCAAAAAAGAGACCCAUUAAGAACAAUUAUCCUGUGUGGUACACUUUCAGCCUUAUAAAAAUACUAAAAGAAAAAGAAAAGCAUAGAAUGGCAAUGAAGAAAUUUAAUAAUAAGUUAGAUGAAUUUGAAUAUAACUUGCUAAAAAAGAGAUGUAGAAUUUUGAUAAAUAAAUCAUACUCUGAAUAUAUUAAAAACGUACAAAUUAAUGUGGUUAAGGAUCCCAAACGUUUUUGGUCUUACAUAAAAGCUAAGCGUAAAAACGAUAGUAACAUUCCUAGCUGCAUGAAGUUCAGAGAUGAAAUAGUUUCAGAUGGUGAAGGGAUAGCCAAUCUUUUUUGUAGACAUUUUUCAUCUGUGUAUACUGUCCCACAAGCUACUAGUCACUGUCAUGCUGGGCAUGUUGUAUCAGCGUUUGAUUCUAGAUGUUUGACAAAACCACUUGCUAUACCCCUUCAAAUUAUAUUUAAUAAAUCUGUAAACGAUGGUGUGUUUCCGACCGCUUGGAAGGAAGCCACUGUGAUACCGAUUCCGAAAUCUGGUCCCAAGCAACUGAUAGAAAAUUAUCGACCUAUCAGUAUACUAUCAGUACUAGCAAAAGUAUUUGAGAAAAUCAUCUGCAUACACAUUACUUGGCACACGAAACAAAUGUUAGGCGAACAACAACAUGGCUUUGUAGCCAAGCGAUCAGUGGCUACUAACUUGGUAUCUUUUGUUGAACAGCUGUUGUCACAUAUGGGUUCCGGGGAGGAAGUAGAUGCUAUUUAUGGGGAUUUAAGUAAGGCGUUUGAUAAAGUGGACCAUAAUUUACUUCUUAGAAAAUUAAAAAAUCAAUUUUAUAUAAAUGGCUCGGUGUUGCUGUGGUUCAGUUCCUACCUAAAAAACCGCAAAAUGAGGGUAUUAGUAAAUGGGUAUAGUUCAAAUUACUGCACCCCUUCGUCUGGUGUUCCACAGGGAUCUAUUCUAGGACCUAUUUUGUUUGGCUUGUUUUUUGAUGACAUUAAAUACUACAUAAAACACUCAGAAUUCCAGUUAUAUGCUGAUGAUCUAAAAAUAUUUAGAGUCGUACAGAAUGAAUUUGACGAGGAGUUGUUGCAGAGGGAUGUUACUGGUGUUGCUCAAUGGUGUAAAAUUAACUAUAUGACUAUGAAUAUUGACAAGUGUGUACACGUAAAAUUCUCUAGAAAACGUAAUAAAUACAAUUCUGGGUACCGUAUUGAUAAUAAGAACUUGAAAAGAGUUGAGGAAGUAAGAGACUUGGGCGUAAUUAUAGAUUCAGAGUUGCGGUUUACUGGCCAGAUAAAUCAUGUUAUUAAAAAAAGUUUCAAAAUGUUAGGAUUUAUAACACGUAAUACCAAAGAGUUUACAUCAAUAUUAGCUCUAAAGACCCUAUAUAAUGCAUUGCGCAAAAUGAGGUUUCAUAGACGGUGUGGUGAUAGAGUGACACUUUUACACGACAAUACUACGGCUGUUAGGAAUUUUGUAGAAUUUAAUCAUGGCUUGAUAUUAAGUGCGGAACCUAUCGUAGAUGAUGUUAUAUUCGAAGUAUGCAUUGAUAGAAAGGUGAAUGUGUGGAAUGGUAGCCUUGAAAUUGGUGUAACAACUCUGGAUCCUGAGUACAUGGAACUUCCUGCUACAGCUACCAAAUUAAGGAAUACAGCAUGGAUAAUGUCUGGGAGUUCUAUAGUAAAAGAUGGUGUAACACUAAUCAAUUCAUAUGGUCCAGAGUUGGACACACUUCACGAAGGAGAUACCAUUGGUGUUAUGAGAUCUUGUAAAGGUGAAUUGACAUUCUACGUAAAUGGAAGAUGUUUGGGCAUAGCAGCUAGAGAUCUGCCAUCGAGGUUGUUUGCUGUAAUUGAUUUGUAUGGACGAUGUGUUCAGGUGUCCAUCAUGCAUACAAAUACAAAUGGCAUGCGCACUAUAAUGGAGAGUAGUUUAGACCAAAUUGAUGAGGACCCUAACAAUGAUGAUACUUUAACAUCAAGUGAAGAUGCAGUGAUACCAGAAUCAUCAUAUCCUAAAAACCACCAUGAUGUAUAUGUCACAAUGCCUGCAGACGUGACGUGUGCCUUGGUUGCUCAUGAUCGCUUACGAUUUCAUCCGAGAUGCGGUAUUUUAGUAAAACUUUCAUCUAACAACAAAACUGCGGAAAGGACCCGACCCUUAGAUGACUACAAUAAUGGUGUCGUUAUGACGCACCGUCCGUUAUAUGACAAUGAACUGUUUGAAAUACGCAUAGACAGACUUGUAGACAAGUGGAGUGGUAGUAUAGAGGUUGGUGUAACAUCCCACAACCCAGCAACUAUAAGAUUCCCAUCUACCAUGACAAACAUGGACUCUGGUACAAUCAUGAUGUCCGGGUGCAAGGUGCUUCUCAAUGGUCAUGGAUCUUGUAUGGAGUAUGGCAACUUUAAUCUAGAUGAAUUAAGGGAAGGCGAUACAGUCGGCAUGAUGCGAAAAUCCAAUGGCAAGCUACAUUAUUUUAUAAAUGGAAUUGACCAAGGUGUAGCGACAGACAGAGUUGAACAACAAGUGUGGGGUGUUGUUGAUCUGUAUGGAAUGACUGUCAAGGUAUCAAUCGUAGAUCCAUGCGAGGAUAUAGAUAGUAAUAUUAACAACGUUCCUACUGUAUUGAGUGUACCUGAUCUUCCUGAGCCUAAUAGAUUCAGGCCAAGGAUAGAUGAAGAUAGCCUUUUAUUUCAUACGCUGCGUGAUUCGUAUGUUAUUAUUAUUAACGAUGGUAAGACUGCUCAUAGGCCUAAUGCUUUCGAACUCUUCAACAACGGCGUAGCGAUGACGAACAGAACGCUGCGUACGAAUGAGCUGUUCCAAGUGCGGCUCGAUCUCGUGAUCCCCAAGUGGGCCGGAAGCAUUGAGAUAGGAGUCACGCAGCACACUUUAAAUGAUAUAAAAUAUCCAUUCAAGAUGAGCACCGCCACAUCAGGCACUUGGGUAAUGACUGGUGAAGACGUAAUAAGAGAUGGUACUAUCAUCAUACCUCAGUAUGUUAGAAAUCUCAACCGAUUAGUGGAAGGUGACACAGUAGGAGUAAUGCGAAAAGAUAUGGGUAUUCUACACUUUUUCGUAAACGGAUUGGACCAAGGACCUGCUGCGUUUAAUAUACCUGAACACGUGUUUGGAGUAGUUGAUUUAUACGGUCGAGUUGCGCAGGCGACGAUAGUCGACUCGUACUCGCCGCCUCCGGCGUACUCACCCGAGUCGCCGCUCUCGUCCGAGUCCAAUGCUACGAUUUAUCCAGAGAUGUGUUUCCACCGAGUCCAUGGCCGCAACGCUCGGUUAAGUCGCACACGUCUGAUCGCCUCUAGAGCUGCUGUGUACUCAGAAUUUAAUGAUGCUGUGUUGUUUAGCUCGCGUCCACUUCGAGAGUGCGACAUGUUCGAACUGAGGAUAGACUCCAUGGUAGACUGUUGGAUAGGCAGUUUGGAGAUAGGUGUGACGGCAAUUCGACCAGAUGACCUUGAGACGAAUGGUUUAGCUGGUACAGCGACUGAUCUUAAUUGCGAUACGUACAUACUAAGCGGUGCUGCCAUGAUGAAGGAUGGGGAAUGCGUCAGGAGUGGCUAUCCACUGGAUCUCGACACGCUUACCGUGGGCAGUCGUGUAGGUAUGAUGUGGCACGCGGAUAGAAGUCUUCAUUAUUAUUUGGAUGGUAUGGAUAUGGGUAAAGCUUGGUACGUCCCACAUCUUAACAUCUAUGCAGUUGUGGAUCUCUACGGACAAUGCACACAGGUGACAAUUCUUCAAAACGAGGAGAGGACCUUCAAUUAUAAUGGUUGUACUAAUUCUGAUAAUUCGGUAUUGGGCAACUCAAGAGCAUUAGCAACACCACCGCCUCCGUAUUGGAGUUUUUCUGAAUACUGUGGAGACAAUAUAUGCUUGAUGUAUGAUUAUUCAAUCGCAAAACGAAUUACUCCCGACCCGAUGGCAGCUUUAGUGUUUAGUUCUGCUCAUCUUGCUAUUGGCGAGAUAUUUGAAAUUAAGAUAGUGGAAUGUGAGUUUGGAUUUGCGGGUAGUUUCCGCAUGGGGGUGACCGACAUAAACAUUUUGAACGCGCACGUUAAUCGAAGUCUACCGCCAUCUGUCGCCUGUUUGCCGCAUUUUACUGCAUACAUUGACGGAAAAUACAUGCGUUACUCGAAGCCAAGUUCCCGUGAACAGGAUCUGAAGGUCGUCGUGCCGUCUUUUGAGUGGCUCCGGGCGGGUGACCGAGUCGGCUUGAAGAAGACCGUUGACAACCGAGUACUGGUCUACUACAACUGCGAAUUACUUGACACUGCUUUCGAACGAGUGCCCGAUGUAAGUGGUGAUAGAAAGAAAGCGUCGCGCAUUCGUUUCCACUCGUCUGCACCAUUUUAUUUGUUGGCUCUGGGGUCAAAAAGUCAUAGUGCAGUGGUCGAUGAUAAGCCUUGGGCUCUUCAUAAGCCUAAGACCGCGCUGCUCGUGCUCGUGAUCGACGAUAAGCCUCCGCUAUUGAGCUUUCAGAAAGUUUACGUCGUCAUGGAAGUUUAUGGAGCAGUUAAUAAGAUUCAAGCUAUCACAAGAAAUCCAAUAGCAAUACUGCCACAGACCAUUCCUAAUGAUUUGGGGCAGUCUAAGGAAACAGAAGAGUUAUGUGAGAAUCAAGUGAGCGAGAAUGCAGAGUUAAGUUCUUCAAUGAUCCCGCUGGUCCUCGUGGAACCGCGCCGCAGACGAACAGCCCUCCCUUAUACGUUUCACUAUAUACAUGGCAAGAAUAUCAAGCUUUGUAGCUCAGACACAGUGGCAAUGCGGACGUCAGGAUAUCAAGAUGCAGUGGCGAUAGUGAGCCAACCUCUGAGAAGAGGUCAUAGAUUUCGGUUUCGAGUAGACAAAAUAGACGACAGCUGGGAUGGCAGUUUGUCGAUUGGCGGGGUCCCGUGCCUGCCCAGCGACGGCGUGCCCGAGUGCGCCAUGCGCUUCGAGCCGCCCGCCUGGAUACUGUCCAGCGACCUGCAGUUCAACGGCUCUAAUGUAAUCACUCAGGCAGCGACGGAACUAGAAGAGGUGGCGGAGCAGUCGGUGCUUACUUUACACUUUAGAUUCAACAGUGAGCUGGUAGUGGACGUCGACGGCCACGUCGUGGGCCUCAUCGGAGCGGUGCCGCGGACCUACAGCCACGUCUACCCCUUAAUAGAUCUCUACGGAAAAGUUUCUCAAGUCUCAGUGCUGCUCCAUCCAUACACCGUGGUCACUGGAACUUCCCUUGACCUACCAGUGAUAGCCGAAAAUCGUCGAGAGGAGGAAUCUUUGACCGAACUCAGUAGAGAAGAAACGCAGGAUGACGAUCUACUAGUGACCGAGCGUGUUGAUGUGAGAAGACGGCGAAAAACAAAUAAAGCAUGCAGUCAAGACAAUCUUAUUAAAAACGAUGACCCUAUAGCUGUUCAACCUGGACCAAGUUCACAUGUUCCUGAUAAUGAAAUUAUAAAUAAGCAAAUAAAAAAUCAAACUUCGAGUCGGACCAUGCAUCAUAGUCUCAUCUUGACUCAUCCCGCGGACAAUAAGGACGUAUCGUUUAGAAGAGUCCAGAGGAGUCAUUCGACGCACGACUUCUGUCGAAUGUCGGAUUCAAUGGUGGUCAGAGGUACAUUACGAUUGACAUUGGAUUCGGGGCGUCGGGAAGACGAGAAUGAUAUACACGACCGCUUUUGUGACACGAAUAUCAGACACAAUGAUCGCUACCCCGAGGCGAAUGACGUCGAUAAUUUGGACAACGAAAUAAUGGAUGCUCUCACUCUAGAUGCGGGAAACUUACCGGAUUUGACUGAGGAGCAAUCGUCUUCCAUUGAUGAGUCGACACGUCGUGAUGAUCUGUGCUCGGAGCCGUUGUCCGUUGAAAAUUUAAAUUAUCUCAACAGGAUAUUGUGUUUAGACCAAGAAGGCGUCGAAGGUCAAAGCCUGGAGGCUGAGUGGGAAGCGUACGGGGAAGGCUGUGAACAUCUUCAUCUUGUUUUGAAGUACUGGAAUUUUUUAGUCCUGCCUUAUCCGGAGUUGAGGCAUGCCGUUUCUUGGGGUCAGGUUAGAUGCUACUGUAGUACCUGUCAACCCGAGGCGCAACCUCCUUUGGCUGGAUGGGUGCGUAUCGAAAGGAUCGACGGUGUGGGGGCAGCGGCACGUGGUUUCUGGCACAUCACUAGGUCGACACUAGGCGCGGCUCAGGCGGCUAGUGCCGAAACGGGACUCGCGAAACGUCCCCGCUCGCUAGCCUCCUCGCCCUCUAACCUCACCACUCUUGGCGAUAUCUGGCUAGAUGAAGAAGGAAAGCCGCAUCACACCAUCCUGGCGAUUGAAAUAGAUAUUGAAGGCAAUGAGGCAGAGAAAGAUCGCCUUUUAGCAUUUCUUAUACACAUGAAGUCGCAUGCUGUUUUUGUCGACGAUCCCCUCAGUUUAGACGAAUAAGUCUUUAUUAGAAUUUAUAAUAUCACGAAACUAUUUAUUACUACGACUAUUUCACUUUAUAAAAUAUUUAAACUUGAUAUAUUUUCGUUAAGCAAUAUUUGUGUUCAAUUUUUUUAUUUUUUUUUUUGUUAUUUAAGAUAAUUGUAACUGUUUACUGCAUGCCACAAGUGACAUUAAUACUCGUUUAUUGGGAGCUUUAUUUGUAAGUUUUAAUUGUUCGUUCGUCUCCGGUUUUUAUAAUAAUUUAAUAGAAUUAUAUUAAUAAUAAUAAUAAAUUCUUAUACUCGUUUAUUGGUAGCUUGAAUUGUAAAUUUUGUUUGUUAAUUCGCCUCCGGUUUUUAUAAUAAUUUAAUAAAAUUAUAUUAAUAAUAAUAA